CGUGGUAGCUGCCGGGGGGUCCGAGGCGGCAGCGCCGCGACGUGUCUCCUGCUCCAUGGGGAGACCAGCCCCAGCGGUCACAUCCUGCGCCAGGCGGAGGCAGCGAAGGGUACCCCGGAGAGCAGAGGAAGCCCGGGGCAGCGGCCGGCUGCGGGGCUGUGAGGGGGCCCGGCAUGGGCGCUCCCGCCUUGGUGCCGCUGUGACCGCCGCCAGAAAUCUAUCAGAACAUUUCUAACUGUGCUUUUAAAAAGAGCGGUGAGAGAAGAUGGAUACUUUCUCAGACAUUUCUGCAAAGAACCUCUCCCCUUCAGCCAACAUGUCACAUUGCCUGCCUGGCAAUUUGGACGAUCAAUUCAAUGUUACCAGCAGUUCUCCUUCUAUGUCAAUAAGUAGGCUUUUCCCUGCCUUGCUACAAUGCUUUGGCAUCAUACUCUGUGGAUAUAUAGCUGGAAGAGCCAACAUCAUCACGUCAACUCAGGCCAAAGGACUGGGAAAUUUUGUCUCUUGUUUUGCACUCCCAGCUUUACUAUUCAAAAACAUGGUGGUACUUAAUUUUUCCAAUGUGAACUGGUCCUUCCUUUUUAGCAUCCUGGUUGCCAAAGCUUCUGUAUUUUUCUUGGUCUGUAUUUUAACAUUAUUGGUAGCCAGUCCUGAAAGUCGGUUUAGCAAAGCAGGACUGUUCCCUAUUUUUGCUACACAAAGCAAUGACUUUGCACUGGGGUAUCCCAUAGUUGAAGCUUUAUAUCAGACCACUUACCCAGAGUAUCUCCAGUACAUUUACUUAGUGGCUCCAAUAUCUCUUAUGAUGCUAAAUCCUCUUGGGUUUAUCUUAUGUGAAAUCCAGAAAUGGAGGGAUAAUCGCAGUAUGUCACACAACAAAAUAAAAAUAGUGGGUCUUGCGCUCCUUCGAGUGUUGCAGAACCCAAUAGUAUUCAUGGUAUUCAUAGGAAUUGCCUCCAAUUUUAUUCUUGGCCAGAAGAUUCCAGUGUAUUUUGAAAACUUCCUUGAUGGACUAGCCAGUUCAUUUUCUGGCUCAGCACUUUUUUAUCUUGGUCUCACUAUGGUGGGACAAAUAAAAAAACUGACAAAGAAUGCAUUUGUUGCACUGAUUCUUCUCAUCACAGCUAAACUACUGAUGAUGCCACUUUUCUGUAGAGAAAUGGUGGAAUUGUUGGACAAGAGUGACAGUUUAGUCAACCACACAAGUUUAUCAAACUAUGCAUUUCUCUAUGGAGUCUUUCCAGCAGCACCUGGUGUGGCUAUCUUUGCAAACCAGUUCAAUAUGGAAGUAGAGAUUAUUACCUCAGGAAUGGUGAUAAGCACAUUUGUGUCUGCUCCUAUCAUGUAUGUUUCUGCUUGGCUGUUGACCAUUCCAUCCAUGGAUCCAAAACCACUGGCAUCUGCAAUCCAAAAUAUUAGCUUUGAUAUAAGUAUUGUCAGUCUUGUCUCCUUGAUCUGGUCUCUUACUAUUAUUCUUUUGAGUAAGAAAUAUAAACAACUUCCUCAUAUGCUGACAACAAACUUACUCCUUGCUCAGGUUGUUGCAUGCGUUGGAAUGGUGAUGUGGAAUUUCAUUAUUAGAGAGAGAAACAUCACUUUGCAGAUUUUGGUGUUCAUCUUGUUGUACAGUUCGAUUUAUGGUACUUAUUUGUGGACAGGUUUCCUCUCUCUCACUUUACUCCUGUUAAAGAAAAGAGAUAUAAUAAAGAUCCCUGUUGGAUUUAUCAUCAUAGCUGGGUGGGGCAUCCCAACGCUUCUAGUGGGAAUCUUACUAAUAACUGGGGAGCGUAACAUGGAUAGCAUUGACUCAGCUUUUUUUUAUGGAAAAUACCAGAUGGUUACCACAGCAGUGACCCUAUUCAUCAGCUUUCUGAUGUCAGGUAUCUCACUUCUUUGUAUGAACAGAAACGGACAGGAGACUGACUAUGAGGUAUUGAACCCAUAUUCAUGUAGUGGCCAGAGGCGGGAGAACCCUGAAAGGGAAGGGAAUGAAGAGAGUCAGAUGUCAAACAGUGGCAUUCCACCUUUCACAGAAUCAUCUACAGAAAGAGGUUGCUGUUCAUGUCAAACAAUAAAUGGUGAAUUAUGCUGCUCUGGAGAAGGAGACCCAGUGUUAAAUGCUACCACUAAUGAUAGCUGUACUCCUCCAACUGAAACAGCAAAUCCGUGUGAGUGUCCAUGCAGUUCUCAAAACUGCAUAUUGGCACAGGAAGAACAACGUCUGAAAAGUGGAGACAGACAACUGGGUAGACACGUGCUGCUGUGUUUACUUCUCGUUGUUGGCCUGUUUGCUAAUCUGUCCAGCUGUUUGUGGUGGUUGUUCAACCAAGAACCUGGAAGGCUCUAUGUGGAAUUGCAGUUCUUUUGUGCUGUAUUUAACUUUGGACAGGUAGUCAAGCCCUUAAGAACCAUACUGUCUUUGAAAAUCUGCCCUUCACUCCUUGUAGGCUUCAUAUCCUUUGGUAUUUUUGGUUUGGAUAAACAUUUAAUCAUUCUGCCAUUCAAAAGAAGGCUUGAAUUCCUCUGGGGUAAUCGAGAAACAGCAGAACAUACGGAUUCUUCAGUACCUGAGGAAAUCAGGAUAACCUGUCAACAGUUUGUUCAUUAUCAUAGAGAUGUUUGUGUCAGAAGCAUUGUCAAAGACAGAAGGUGUGGUGCAAAAACCUCGACUGGAGUCUUCCUUGGCUGUGAGCUGGUGAACUGGCUUAUCCAAGUUGGCCUUGCUUCUGACCGUGGUGAAGCUGUGAGGUACGGCGACAGACUGGAAAAAGGAGGAGUCAUCCAGCAUAUUACCAAUGAAUUUGAAUUUCAGGAUGAGUACUUGUACUACCGGUUUAUUCAGAAGAGAUCCCCAGUGACCGAAAGCCACUGAACUGGGCAUGUAUUCAGAGAGUAGGCAGCAAAGGGCGAGUUUGUCCUUCUCACCUGCCCUAACCACUGACAUCUAAAGUGUUUUCUUUCUUAUGACACUUACAGAAUUGGGUGUUUCUUGCUUUUAAUGCAGAAGAAAUUUGAUGGUUCUUGUUCCACCUAAAGAAAAUGUGUAGUAAAUGACCAGCUUUAAAUGCUCACCUAUGAAAAAAUUGGUUUUAUUUAAUUAUUUUAAGUGAUGUAACUGAAACCAAGUAGGACACUCAGAGUUCAGUUUUUUCAGUUUGAAUGUAAGCUAUAGUAAAAUGAUUCUCUCCCUUCCCUGCACACAAUAAAACAGCACGUAGCUGCUGAUGCCACAUAACUUUAAAACAAUCUGUGUUAAGAUUGUUUCCUUUUCCUGGUAAAGUCCUGAAUUUCAGUUUGUCAAUUGGAGUUUUUCCUUUGACUUAAUGGGACCAGGAAUCCGCCAUUAUGCCUGUUACUUAGGACAGUUGCAUAACAAGUAGAAACUCUGUUAAAUUUUUACCUCUACGUUUAUGCUGCUUACUCCUGCCUUGAAGAGAGAAUCCUUUGUUUGUAAUGAUGUAAUUGCUGUAAGAUUAUCAUGAUGUCAAGGAAUUAGGAGUGAGAAAUGAACAGAUGAAUAAUUAUCAAAGGUCCUGUUUUAAUACAAGAUAACCACGUCCUAAAGAGAGGGGUUUUUUUAAUAAUAAAAAACCCAACAAAACCAUAGAAACAUCAAAGAAUAUAAUGAAUUGUAAGUAGUUUGUUUCCCAACUAUUUUCAUGUAGGCAUUUAGUAACUCUGCUAAGAAAAAGCAGCUAGCAAAUUAUACCUACAUCUUCAAAUGUUAGAAGCAAUUACAACGCUUGGUGGGGCAAUAAGUAUUCAGUAUCUCUCCAAACCAAGGCCAAAACUUCAAACAAAGCGUAAAACCUUUAAAUGAGGUGUAAUAACUUUAAAAUGCAUGAUCCAAAGAACCUGCACACUUCUGAAUUUAGUUUUAAAAUUUCUAAGAAUUUGAAAAUUAUAUUAUUUUUAUCAAAGCUUUAUUUCAUGAAUACAAGAUAAUCAAAUAAGUCCCACCAACCGCCCUAAAAUGUUCAUAUGUACUCUAGUAAUGUAUUCAAAUCUAAUGUACUGAAAGAGUUUGAGUUCAUGUUAGCCAUUUCAAUAUUAUUAUAGGUAACGUAGAACUCUGGAGUAUGAACUAGCCCUUUCUUACUGCCCAUUUAAAACUGAAACAAAAGCACUAAAUUGUUGCCAUAAACUUCUAAUCACCAGUGUGACUGAAAAAAACAAACAAAAUCUGCUUUGUUUUGUCAUCUAAGGUAGCUACAUGCAUACAUCGAUUUCCUUCAUCCCUUUUUAAUUUUAACGACACAGAUUUUACUUUACCUUUUUAUGUGGCCAUUAUUUGCUAGUAAUAAGAAUAAAGUUGUUAUAACAGUAUAAACCACUGUACUAGAAGAGAUUUUACAGUAACUACAAUUGGAUGUUACACCACAUGCAUGCAAGACUGACUGAGAAAGCAAUUCCUUUUUUGCUUUCUAAUAUGUCAUCUUAUUGCAUGUUAGUCUGCAGUGUGCAUUGAUGCAGACAGUGUCCUAUGUAUGCUAUAUAAACUGACAUUUUCUGUACAACAAAGCAACUGACAUUUGUAGCAGGCCGUGGAUUGGCAUAAUUUAUGAAGGAAAUCGAUGGAGUACUUUUUGUUCCACUGUAACAGCUUAAAACAGUUGUUAAGCUAUUUUGAAUGAAUUAGAGAUGUUUUAAGAGUGGAAGCAGUUAACAUCUCUUGUGUCUGAAUGUUGCUACUUCUCAAUAAAUCUAUAGUUAUUUUAUCUU